AUGAAUGAGAUCAUUCAAAAACAAUAUAAAUCAUUACAACAUGAUUUAAAUAUUCUAUUUGCUAAAUGUGAAGUAAAUGUGGCUCUAUCUACGUUUAUAAGAAACGAAAUUAAAAAAUUAUUUAUCAGAAUCUUUUCUAUUUCAUUACCAAAUUCUCUUCGUGAACGUGCUCUCUGUGAAAAACAAUUGGUACAAUCUAUUCGUGAACAUUUAAAAGCAUAUGAUUUAAUCUUACGACGUACAGCUGAUCAACGAAAUGUUUUCUAUCUUGCCAAUAAAAAUGAAUUUGAAGAGAAAACAAAUGAAUAUAUGACUAAAACGGAUAUUUUUGAAUUGUGUCAUAGUAUUGAUGAGAAAAAUCUUCAAGUUACACGUGACUAUCUAACAACAAAAAUGAAAUCGAUGAAUGAACAAUUACAAACGAUUUUUUGUGGUAAACAAUAUAAAGAUAUACAAAAAAAAUUAUAUAUUACUAUCGAUAAAGUAGAAUUACCCUAUUUAUACUUUUUACCUGAUGUAUCACUAAAAUCAAAUGAACUAUCCGUACAACCCAUUGUAGUAACACAACACAGUGCCACAGUUCGAUUAGCUCACUUUUUAGAUCAGCUAUUACGACCUAUUAUUCAACGACAACUUGAAUCGUUGACAUUUGAGAAUGGAGCUGAUUUUAUUCGAAAGUUAAAUAAUUAUAUAGAACAACCUGGAUAUCAUCUUCGUUCAACCACCAAUUUUGUAACUAUCACCAUUUCAAUUUUUUAUUCAAUAGUGGAUCAUGAUACAAUGCUUCUUGCACUUCAAGAUUUCUUAAUGGAUCCUUGCCGGAUGCCAACCAUUGAAAAUAUAUCGAUUGGUAAAAUUUUUCGGUUAACUAAUUUAUUUCUACGUCAUAAUCGAUUUUAUUAUGAUCAUAAAAUCUAUCGUUUUAUCAAAGGUAGUCCAACAAGUUUUCCAGUCACAGAAACCUUAGCAACAAUGUAUAUACUACCAUGGUUAAAAUCAUUGUUUAGACAACCUGUAUUAGAAAAAGAAUUUUAUGGCCGGUAA